GAUCUAUAAUUUUAUAUUAUAUUAUAUGAUAUGUUAAGAUCAGGUUUGCUUAUAUAUGUUCUUGCAACUGUAAACACACAUGUCUAAUACGUAAUAAUGUACACAUUCACAAAGUCAUGAUAUAAACUUAUUAUACAUAUUUUGAUGCAAAAUAUAUGCAUGAAAAAGCUGCUUUGUUAUUGUUUAUGUAUCAAAAUAUCAGAUUCUUGUGUUCUUUUUUCUAUGGCGUUAUAAGAUUAAAUCUUGAGACAUAAUUAAAACGCAGAUGUAUCCAACCACUAUUUAGACCACUAGACCAUAGCAUGUUGAAUGCCAAUGCUUUGAUGUUUAUAUAUAAAGUGGUUUUCGAAUCAUAUUUUUGUACUUGUUUCAAGAAUCCAAAACAUAGAAAAUUUUCCCUGAUUUCAUAAUGAAAUGUCUUUUACGAAAAUUACUACAUUUUCGCGUUAAGAAUUACAAUUAGCAUUUUUUUACAAUUAUUAUAAUAAUUAUUUAAAUGGGUUCUCAAAAUCUUUCUUACCUUUCAUUAGAAUCUAUAAAGUUUGUUGUCAGACUGGGAACUGCAUAUUUUGUCUAUUGGGUUGUUCCAACUCAAAUAUGUAAUCUGACUUUGUUUUGUUUUGAAUCUUACUUUUAUUUGAUUUCAAUAUUUUUAAAAUCACAAUUAACAUUUUUAGAACUCUUUAAUUUGAUAUGAUUGGUUAUUAUACAUGUUUCAAAUUAUAUUUACCAGGUGAAUUGCAGCCAUACAUUCAUACUAACUUUGUCUAAAUAAUCGAUAAUGUUAGUAAAUUCAAUAAGAUACAUAAUGCAUACAUGUCAACAUGUAUUUGAUAAAGCAACUCCACAUAUAUAUUUGAAGUCAUAAAGGGUUUGAAAACAUUUUAAAAGAGAGAGCUUAUAAGUAAAAUGAUUUAUUCAUUUGGAAAGAAAAUAUUUCUAGAAUAAGAUGAGUAAUUUUGUCUAAAUAAUCGAUAAUGUUAGUAAAUUCAAUAAGAUACAUAAUGCAUACAUGUCAACAUGUAUUUGAUAAAGCAACUCCACAUAUAUAUUUGAAGUCAUAAAGGGUUUGAAAACAUUUUAAAAGAGAGAGCUUAUAAGUAAAAUGAUUUAUUGAUUUGGAAAGAAAAUACUUCUAGAAUAAGAUGAGAACAUAGUUAUGACAUAUUGAUAAUUGAUUUUAUAUAGUGUAAAUGCUGAUUUUUGACCCAAAGAAACAAAUAAUGUAAGUGCUGACAAUAAUACAUAUCCAAUAUACAUACAUAAAUGUGUACAUAUAGUACAAUAGAGAUAAUGGAAAAUGCAUGUUUGAGGAAGUUGCAUUUAAGGUUACUUAAAGACAUCUUGGGCUGUCAUUGUUUAGACCACAUUGAAUGCUAUUACUUUGACUAUUGCAUCUUGUUUUCUAUUUCAGAUAAAUUUAAUUUUUUAUGAUUCAAGAUUUUUUUUUCGUUUUUCACUAGUAUUAAAAUAUGUAAAUAUGAUUCGCCAAUAAUUAAUAAUUUGAGAUUUGAAUGGGCAUGGAUGAUUGCAGGUCAUUAAAACUAAAGUUAACACCCAACUAUAUUUGUAUUUGAGCAAUUAAUAUGAAUUUGAAUGAAAGUUAUAGUAAAGCAUACCCCUCAAAAUAAUAUAUUGGUCCCAUCCAGAGAAUCCGUGGAUGCAAAAGUUGAUCAUGUAUAUAUUCUAGUGUAGCUAAACAUAUUAGCUACAUAUCAAAAAACAUUUGAGAUGAUUAACUUAUCUACAAUGAGGAACAAAUAAAACAUAUGAUUUAUAAAUUGUGGGAGUUUUAAAACACAAAGAUUGGGUAUACAUCGUGUGUUGUGUAAUACUAGUUAAUUAAUACAAUUGACAUUAAGAAUAUGUGAUUUUAAUUAAUCAUGAUUUCACGGAAAAAAAACAUUUUGUUAUAAGAAUUUAUAAUUUUAAUUAAUAUGAGAUAUUAAUUCAUCUGCAUCAUGAUUCCUAUGAUUAUUGGAUUAGUUAAGGCCCCAAAAUCGAAAUGUAGAUACCGGUGUGUGAAUCAUGUGUUGUUGUUCUCUUUCAAAUAACAAUAAAUCAUACUAUUUGUUUGAAGAAAUAGCUGAUAGAAAAGUAUGAAUGUAUUUUUCAAAAACCUGAUCCCGUAUCAUAAAUGAUAACUGAAAAGCAUAUGUUCUUGUUAUUAUUUGUAAACAAAAUAGAACAUACAAUAGAAGAAUAACAUGCAGGUAGUAUAAAUAUAUUACAUAGUAUACUUGAGACAUACAAUGGCUUAGCAUUGAUGUUUAAUUACAUAGGCCGUUGAAAAAGAGGUUGAUGAUAACCAUUAAGUCAAACCAAACAACAUCGUCGGUGGUGAAAAAUGAGUACUUUGGUUUUGUUCUCUACUGAGGAUUGACACAUUAGCCACUAUCAUGGACCGUAAAUUUAAACUCAUAAAACCUUCUUCUAAAAGUGCCUUUCUGCUUUUAACAUUUCAUGUAAUAAAAUAAACUUGUGUAAUACAUUUGCUGACAAAUAAACAAGUUAGGUAUUAUUUUCCUGUCCAUGGUAAAGAAACAAAGGAAGUAGUUAUGUGUUCAAACUAGACAACAACAACAAACUCACGCUUUGACAUUGGCUGAUCCCUCUUUGAAUCCCCCGUGACUAAAGAAAAAGAGGAAAGAGAAAGUCGUCUGAAUUACAAUAUUUCAUGCCAAGAUUAACAAAACAAAAUUUUUACAAAAAAAAAAGAGGAAAAUGAAGAUAGAUGCUCCAGCUUGUAAUUGUUUAAGGGGCUUCAUUUAAAGCAGAGUAGAUAACAGAGUGUAAUGGUUUUCCACGGUUUUUCAUUUAUUAUAGUCCAUUCAUAUGUUGACCAAAAACAAAAAAAAAAAUCCAUUCAUAUAAGUUUACGUUUUCAGGUGAAAAUAAAUACACUAGUUCUACCAAAAAGUAAAGAUUUUACAACCAAAGAAUUCGACCUAAAAAAAACUAACAUAAAGAAAGACAGAAGUUACUUCCAUUACAAUCAAUUAGAUCGGUCUUCUUCUUCCACUUUGAAAAGUCGUAACAUGUUUGGUUAAAAAGAGAAAUGACCCAAGUGGUCGGAUCUGUCCAAAAUUAGUUGUGACGGUCACAAGCGGCAAAGAUGAAAAAAAAGCAAACAGAUUUGAAGGAAACGGCUCAAAGAGAGUUUUGAUUAAGACUCUCGCAUCUCUCUCUGUUUCAGACCCACUUGUGUCGUCUUCCUCUCUAUCACAGACCAAACUUAAAACAUCAUUAAAUGUGAGACAGAGAGGCAAACACAAAAACAGAGUUUUCAAACCCCCUGAAACCAUCCAACUUCUGCGUUUUUAAUCUCUUUCUCUCCUUCCUGUAUUGAAAGUGUAGAGCUUCGUAUAACAAGGCGAAAGCGAGUUCUUAUCUCUCUGUUUUGAUUCUCUACUCUGACAUAGAAUCUUCUUGUCCUGUUUUGUUAUGCAUACUGUUCACAUGUCACGGCUCUGAGAUUUGUCUUUUUCUAUCUUUCUGGGAAUAUAUAUUUAUUUUUAUCUCUCAGAUCCAUUGACUUGAUCCACAAGUUUAGAUCUUUUUCAAGAUUUAAUACUUGUCCGGUCGUGUAAAAUAAUGGGUUCCACGAUCUUCGAAGCAAAAGCCAUGAGAAUCUUCUUCACUGUCUUCUUAACAUGUCUAGCUCUCUUCCCGGAUCCUCUACACGCCGGUGUAGCGAACACCGGGAGCAUCACCCCAGGGUUUAGUGGAUCUCAAAUGAACUACAUCAACAACAACGGUAUCUUCCUCGAAUCCAACAACUCAAACUUCGGUUUCGGUUUCGUAACCACACCAGAUUCCGUCACUCUCUUCACUCUCAGCAUCGUCCACAAAGCCAGCUCGAGACUCAUCUGGUCCGCGAACAGAGCCUCCCCUGUUUCAAACUCCGACAAGUUCCAGUUCCAAGCCAACGGAAACGUGGUCCUCCGUAGAGAACAAGGAGGAGGAGGAUCUGAGGUUUGGAGAUUGGACAAUUCUGGCAAAAACGUCUCGAGAAUCGAGCUUCGCGAUUCCGGGAACCUCGUUGUUGUUUCCGGUGAUGACGGAGCUUCGAUCUGGGAGAGCUUUGAUCAUCCUACAGAUACUCUGAUAACAAAUCAACCCUUUAACGAAGGGAUGAAGCUCACUAGCAACCCUUCUCCGUCGAGCAACAUGACUUACACUCUCGAGAUCGAAUCAGGAGAUAUGGUUUUAUCUGUAAACACCUCGUUGACUCCUCAAGUGUAUUGGUCCAUGGGGAAUGAAAGAGGAAAGAUCGUUAACAAAGACGGUGUAGUGACGUCAUCGUCUCUUCUCGGGAACUCGUGGAGGUUCUUUGAUGAGAACCGGUCUUUGUUAUGGCAGUUUGUGUAUUCAGAUGAUAAAGACGGUAACGCUACUUGGAUCGCGGUUUUGGGAAACAACGGUGUGAUCUCCUUUUCGAAUCUCGGCAGUGGUGCGUCCGCUGCUGAUGCUUCCACUAAAAUCCCAAACGAUCAGUGCGCAACACCCGAGCCUUGCGGGCCUUACUACGUCUGCUCUGGGAGUAAAGUGUGUGGAUGUGUGUCAGGUUUGUCAAAAGCUCGGUCUGAUUGCAAAUCCGGGAUCGCUUCUCCUUGUAAGAAGAAGGAAAACAAUGCAACAUUGGGUGUACAACUUGUGAAUGCUGGAGAUAAAGUUGACUACUUCGCUCUAGGUUUUGCUACUCCCUUCUCCAAGAGAACUAGUCUUGAUAGGUGUAAAGAGUUUUGCAACAAGAACUGCUCGUGCCUCGGUCUUUUCUUCCAGAACAGUUCUGGUGACUGCUUCUUGUUUGAUUGGAUUGGUAGCUUUAAAAGCUCUGGGAAUGGAGGAUCUGGCUUCGUCUCUUACAUCAAGGUGGCUGCUAAUGGUGCAGGAGAAGAUGAUGGGAAACACUUUCCAUAUAUAGUAAUUAUUAUCUUGGUGACUGUUUUUAUCAUUGGUGUGUUGAUCUUUGCGGCUUUCCGGAUUCAUAAGAGAAAGAAAACGCAUUUUGAUGAGUUAGAACAGAGUUCAGAGGAGGAUAACUUCUUGGAGAAUCUUUCAGGGAUGCCUAUCCGGUUCGCUUACAAAGAUCUUCAGUUAGCGACGAAUAACUUCUCUGUCAAGUUAGGUCAAGGAGGGUUUGGAUCAGUCUAUGAAGGGACUUUACCUGAUGGUUCUCGUUUAGCUGUUAAGAAACUUGAAGGAAUGGGUCAAGGUAAGAAAGAGUUCAGAGCUGAGGUUAGUAUCAUCGGAAGCAUUCAUCAUCUACAUUUGGUGAGGCUCAGAGGGUUUUGCGUGGAAGGCACUCAUAGGCUUCUAGCUUAUGAGUUCUUAGCUAAAGGCUCCUUAGAGAGAUGGAUAUUCAGGAAGAAGGAUGGAGAUGUUCUGUUGGAUUGGGACACAAGGUUCAAUAUAGCGUUAGGAACAGCAAAAGGUUUAGCUUAUCUACACGAAGAUUGCGACGCAAGGAUCAUCCAUUGUGAUAUUAAACCUGAGAACAUCUUGUUGGAUGAUAACUUCAACGCCAAGGUAUCUGAUUUCGGACUAGCUAAGCUCAUGACACGCGAGCAAAGCCAUGUCUUCACGACCAUGCGUGGGACAAGAGGUUAUCUAGCUCCAGAGUGGAUCACAAGCUACGCGAUCUCGGAGAAGAGCGAUGUUUACAGCUACGGGAUGGUGUUGCUAGAGCUGAUAGGAGGGAGAAAGAACUAUGACCCAUCGGAGUCGUCUGAGAAGUGUCAUUUUCCUUCUUAUGCAUUCAAGAUGAUGGAAGAAGGGAAGCUUUUGGAGAUUGUUGAUGGGGAGAUGAAGAACGUUGAUGCGAACGAUGAGAGAGUUCAAAGGGCGAUGAGAACUGCGCUUUGGUGUAUACAAGAGGAUAUGCAAUUGAGACCGUCGAUGAGUAAAGUUGUUCAAAUGCUUGAAGGUAUCUUUCCUGUGGUUCAGCCUUCGUCUUCUUCCUCAAUGGGCUCGAGGCUUUACGCGAGUUCAAUUAGCGAGGAAAGCGGUGGUGGAAAGUCGUCUGGACCGACGGAUUUUUACAGUGAGAAUGAUCUAUCUGCCGUGAGACUUUCCGGUCCGAGAUAGCAGUCUUCUGUCUUGUUGCCAAUUUUUAGUAUCUUAUUAUUAUAGGUUUUGGCUCAUUGUGUAUUUAUUGUGUUGUGUUUAAAAUAAUAGAAUAGUAGUGUCUCCAGUUUUGUUCCAAGUGUUUUUAGGGAUAAAUUCCAUUUGAAAUUUUUAAUACACAGAGUUAAACUAUACUGU